UGUCUUAAUUAAACGACACAUUUUUAUUUUUAAGUCUUAACAAAAACCCGAAAUCUAGAAGCUUUUUCUUACAGAUAACAAUAUCAGAACUACCCAACUUAGAGUCGAUGGACGAAGUACUAUUAUCCAAGUCGUUAGGAUUUUCUGGUAAGCGCCUUGGUCGGACCUUGGACGAUGCCCAUUUGGGUAAAGAAUUCAACGACUUGUACCAAGAAAUGAUGAAGGCCAGUCAAGAAGUCGAAAAGCACGAUGUCCAUGAAUAUUCUGACUUAACUAGACUGAAAGGUUUAGCUGAUCGAAGACGCUCCAUAAUGGCAUCUCCAGCGGGUAAAAGGCGUGCCCGAUCUCAAGCUAUACGACGAGAAAAACUCAACAGCCAGAGCCUACGGAGUCACUUCGAACAUUCUAGACAAAAUAACAACCUAGACAGUGUAUAAACUGUAAUUGAAAUUUUUAUUACUUUUA